CUAAGCAGAGAAGAAAGAUCCACGCUUUUACGUUCUUCGAGGUGCGUUUCACACGUCCAUUGUAUGUAGUAGUGUUGUGUAGCAGUCGAAGAUGAAGGCUCCCGCGAGAAAGGAACAACCCAUUGAUGAUGGCAGAGAGAGGACGUAGUAAAAAUGUUUUCCCCUUCCUCAUGUUUGAGACGGUCCCUCGUUGCCCUCUCUGCUCUUUCCCUGGGCAAAACCUCUAUGUUACCGCCAUUUGUGCUGAUAAAUCUGAGUGGAGAUCACUGGAGGACACGAAACGAACUUGUAACUUUAGAAUCUCUCUCUCUCUCUCUCUCUCUCUGCAGGAGCUCCUCGGUAAUGGGCAGGGCUACUAGGUGGCUGAGGAGCCUUCUUGGGAGGAAGAAGGAUCCGAAGGUCCACAAGGACACUGCCAGCACCAAUGGCUACGAAAUGAAAGAUAGGAUGCGGUGGAGCUUUGCCAGACCACGGCAAGCGGAAAGCAUGUGUAGCAGUCCCGUGUCAGCGACGGAGGCGGCGUGGUUGAGGUCGUUCUACGACGACACCGAGGAGGAGAGCAAGCACGCCAUGGCGGUGGCGGUAGCCACUGCAGCAGCUGCCAAUGUGGCCGCGACGGCAGCUCAGGCAGCGAUGGUGCGGCUGAAGGGCCUGGGCAGAGGAGGAGCAACGCCCUGUAGCAGCUACCAGUGGUGGGCUGCUGUCAAGAUCCAGACUGCCUUCAGAUGCCACUUGGCAAAGAAAGCUCUUCGAGCACUCAAAGGCUUGGUGAAGCUGCAGGCUCUGGUAAGAGGCUGCCUCGUGAGAAAGCAAGCAGCCAUAACCCUCCGCAGACUACAAGCUCUCGUAAGAGCUCAAGCUGUUGUUAGGCCUCGAGAAGCUCGUGUUCUGCCCCACCAAAGUCGAAGAUUCGAUGCAGAAUUCUGCCAUCGGACAUCCUUUGUAAGACGGAAUCCUCGAAACACAUCUAUGCUUCGUCUUCCAUCAACAAGCGCCAUCAUCUUUGCUCAUUCUUCUUCGCAGGGAAGGUUCGAUAACAGAGGCGGUAGGUGCAGGCACAUCGGAUUAGAACAGAGCAAUGACAUAGAUGCCAGUCCAAAGAUCCUGGCGAUGGACACUUUCCAACUCAGGUCCAAGUCGUUCCGGAGAACAAGUUCUAACUUCGACGAAUCUAUGGUACCAAUUUCCUCUCCACUCCCAUACAAGGUUCCAUCUCGACUCUCCAUUUCCAGCUGCCGAAACCCUGACAAAUCCCCCAACGCCAAGACGGCACAAAACACUCCUCGCCUCAGGCCAGAAACGCCGGCGAGGAGCACAACCGCCGAUAUGGUUCCACGGCAAACCCCGAGCCCCUCAAGCUGUCCAAACUACAUGGCAAACACGUCGUCCUUUGCGGCGAAGGUGAGGCCACAAAGCACGCCAAAGCAGAGGCCGGAGAAGGCCGCCAGCCCGAGGAAGAAGAAGGUCCUCGCAAGCGAGACCGAGUCGAGGACAAGGUCUCCCUUACGAGCACAUAAUGCGUAUAACCUCUACAAUGGAACGGUUGAGAAGCUUGAUAGGUCUGCUAAGACAUUGAGGAAAGCAGCCAGGGAUCACUACAUAGAUUGCAUGUGGUGAAUCAGUGGUAGAAACAGAGCAGCUGCUUCAUGAGAGCUUCUCUUAGAAAUGUAAAUAAGGAUCCAAGACCAGACAGAAUCUGUGUUCCCUAAACUCUUCCUUACUAGUAAAUUGUGACAAAGUGGAGGAAGGGAUGUGUAGAUUCUCCUAGUCUGAUUUAAAUCUGCUGUAUCUUCAACUCCAAUCUUCUUUUGUGUGAAUCUAUUUUAACAUGCCAUUCAAUCUUGUCGAAAGAGUAAGCUGUCAAAACAUGCCCAGUAGCUUUCUGC